CUCGGCUUUCGGGUUGGAGACGCCUGAAAAGGGCCGACUGACUCGCCGUGACAUGUUGUCGCCAAUGGGUUCCUGGAUGGGGCCUAUGGGGGAGUUCUCUCCGUCAUUUGGGUCGACCUUCACCCGGACUUCCAUCUCCAGACGCGCAAAAUUAGAGGAGAAAAAAAAGAGGAAGAGUAGAUGGCAAAGCUGGAGGCGUUGAUCUGUCGCUGAUUCUGCAAGUCGAGCGACUGUAUCAUGUCCAGUGAGCAGAAGCGAGGGACCGGAUGCCGAAGCACAAUGCAAGUCCAUCUCAAUUCGGCAAAGAGCGAUCGUAAAUAACCCUGCCGUGACGGUGUCAUCAAUUGCCGACGCGAUUCAGCCAGGUAAACAAUUGAACCGCUUCAAUGAAAAGGCCGAGGUGCGACAAGAUCAUGGAAAAGUCACCGCGUGCGAACAUCGAGCAGACAGCAAUGCAAUUAUCUCAUUACCUGCUCUAGCUUCUUCCCGACGCGAUGGGCAUCGUGAACGUCGCCAGCCAGAGCAUUUCGUAUUCUUCACGCGGCUGACACACCAGGUCGUUGAUCCUUCGCGCCUCGGCCUUGCCGCCAUCGCCGCCAGUUCGGCGAGGCUGGGAGCGCGAGGCGCGGCUGGUUUCACUUCUCAUAGUUUUCAAGACAACCCUCGCACCAGUUCUGUCGCAAUUGCUUCGAACGCGAAACACUUAGGAAAGUCGGCGAUAACAUCAUAACCGAAAUGUCUACGCACAGCCAGCACACCGACGAGCAGAUCAUCACCGUCUUCCGCGGCUCGCCGCCCACAAACGCCUACGUCUGGUCACCCUUCGUCACCAAGCUCGAGGCCAGGCUUCGCUUCGACGGCGUCCCCUACAAGCUCGGCGGCGGCUCGCCCCCGUCCGCUCCCAAGGGCAAGAUCCCGUACAUCGAGGUUCACCAUGGCGACGCGGCGAAGGACAGUCUCGGAGACUCGGGGCUCAUCAUCCGCGCCCUCGUCGACAACGGCGUCCUGCGCGAUGUCAACGAGGCGCUGACCCCCGUGCAGAAGACGCGCGACCUCGCCAUGCGGUCCAUGAUGGAGGAUAGGGUGUACUUUUACGGCGUGAGGGAGAAGUGGCACGACAAUUACACGACGAUGCGGUCCAAUGUCCUCGGCGCGGUUCCCUGGCCGUUACAGCGAGCGGUCGGGUGGCUGGCAUAUCGAACAGUAACGAGCGGACUGCACGGGCAGGGCACCGGACGCCUGACUGGCGAAGAGGUGCUCGCGUUCCAAGAGGAAGUCUGGGAGGCCGUCGAUGCACUUCUCGUCGACUCGAGACAAUCAGCCGUCGGCGACGGCCCCUUUUGGGUCCUAGGCGGAUCAGAGCCUACCGAGGUCGACGCGACCAUGUAUGGCUUCAUUGUGGGAGCGCUCGUCUGCGAUGCAGCCCCUGUGACUGCAAAGAUAGUAAAGACGUACCCGACGACUGUGCAAUACGCGGAGCGAAUUCAUCAGCGAUAUUUCCCGGACUAUCAGGGAUGGUAGAGCUGGCAUCGGCAUGUUGACAGCCGAACUGCCUUUGCCUC